AAUAAUAUCAAUGAAAAAAACCCCAAACUCUAUUUAGUUUUCUCAAGUCAAUAUCUCCCUCUAGCUUCUUCAACCAUAACCUCCUAAUAUUAUGUAUACAUAUCCACUAAUUACUAUCUUAACUUAUCAUCAUCAACAUUUCUGAUUCUAAUAUUUAUUUAAUUUCCCUCACAAAAUGCGAGUAAAAGAAAUGCAUCCGUUAUGUUGUAUAUCGCUAGAAACUCCGGCAGCCGGAGACCACUCGCCGGACCUCAAAACAAACCUAUCAACGCCGUCGUGUACGGCCGCAGAGUCAAAAUCCGAUGCUAAUGCCGUCGGAAUGACGUCAUCCGGAUCUGAAUCAUGCUCCGGUGACAAAACCUUCGCCGGAGUUUUAUACAAGUGGACGAAUUACGGUAAAGGAUGGAGAUCGAGAUGGUUUCUGUUACGUAACGGCGUUAUCUCCUAUUCGAAGAUCCUUCAUCCGGAGUCACUCUCCGUUAGUAACGACGUUAGGUUCAUCGGCGAUGUGUUUUCCGGUAGCAGAAGAAGCAGACGUCAUAAGCAACAGAAAACCGUUCACCUCAAGGUGUCGUCGUUCAGAGAGAGUAGAUCGGAUGAUAGGAGGUUUUAUAUAUUUACAGCGACAAAGACGCUUCAUCUCAGGACGAGAUCAAAGAAAGAGAGGGUAGCCUGGAUUGAAGCUUUGGCAUCGACGAAAAAUCUAUUUACUUUAAGACAGUUGAAUGAUAAGCCAUCUGUUGUAGUACGGGCUGACAUAUCGUUAUCGACUGAAAGGUUAAAGAAACGCCUGCUCGAAGAAGGAAUUAGUGACGUACUUGUCAAGGAUUGUGAGCAGAUCAUGCUCUUGGAGUUUUCCGAUAUUCAAGAACAGAUUAAACUUCUUUGUGAAGAGCGUUCGAAUUUGCUGGACACUUUGAGACAGUUAGAGGCUGCUAAUAUUGACGUUGAAGCGUCUGGAGAUACUGAACGUGAGUAUCAAUUGACACGAGAGGAUUUUUCCGAUUUGCAGCGUGAUAAAUAUAUUGAGUGGAGUACAACUGAAUCGUCUGAUGAUGUUGAUAAACAAGAGCUUGAGGACGCUUCGGAAGAUGAAGAAAUUUACUUUUACGACACACAAGAUUGUUUCCCCGAAUUAGCGAACCAAGCUUAUGAAAUGGCCGAGUGUGAAUUUGAGAGGAGAAAGAAGCUUCCGGAUCCAGCUGAGAAAGAAAAGGGGGUUAGUCUAUGGUCUCUGAUUAAAGAUAACGUUGGAAAGGAUCUCACACGCGUCUGUCUUCCUGUUUAUUUUAACGAGCCGAUAUCGUCUUUGCAAAAGUGCUUUGAGGACCUCGAGUACUCUUACCUUUUAGAUCGAGCUUAUCACCAUGGAAAACAGGGAGACAGUCUUCAAAGAGUAUUAAACGUUGCCGCUUUUGCGGUUUCUGGAUACGCUUCUUCAGAAGGACGACAUUGCAAACCGUUCAACCCUUUACUAGGGGAAACUUAUGAAGCUGAUUACCCUGAGAGAGGAGUUCGCUUCUUUUCCGAGAAGGUUAGUCACCAUCCGACCCUAAUAGCGUGUCACUCUGAAGGCAAAGGGUGGAAAUUCUGGGGUGAUAGCAACAUCAGAACAAAAUUUUGGGGACGAUCGAUACAGCUCGACCCCGUUGGCGUUCUUACGUUAGAAUUUGAUGAUGGUGAGGUUUUCCAGUGGAGCAAGGUGACAACCAGCAUUUAUAACCUUAUUUUGGGUAAAGUAUACUGUGAUCAUCAUGGAAUGAUGCAUAUACGUGGUAACCGCGAAUACUCAUGCAAACUCAAGUUUAAAGAACAGUCUAUUCUUGAACGAAAUCCCCGUCAGGUGCACGGGUUUGUCGAAGAUGCUAGUGGUAAGAAACACGCGACGUUAUUCGGGAAGUGGGAUGAUAGCAUGUAUUACAUAAACGGAGUGAAGCCGAAGGAUGCAGGUGAUGCGAAUCUGUUGUGGCAAAGGACGAUGCCUCCUGCUAAUCUCACUCGAUACAAUUUAACGUCUUUUGCUAUCACAUUGAACGAGUUAACCCCGGGAUUGAAGGAGAAACUUCCACCUACGGAUUCAAGACUCAGGCCGGACCAACGACAUCUGGAGAAUGGAGAGUAUGACAUGGCAAACGCUGAAAAGCUACGCCUCGAGACCAGACAGAGAAUGUCAAGAAAGUUACAAGAAAACGGAUGGAAACCACGGUGGUUUGAAAAAGACGGUGAGAAUGGUACCUACCGGUAUGUAGGUGGGUACUGGGAAAAACGAGAGGACGGUAGGUGGGACGAUUGCCCGAAUAUAUUUGGUGAAUGUAGCCAAGAAAUGAAUGAGUCAAGCAGCAGAUGAUAACUUGUCUCUGUAUGUUAGAUUUAAAUAGUGCAUAUGAUGUGGUAUUAAAUUUUGAUAAAUGCUUGGAGAAAAUCAUGUUUAAAAAAGCAAAAAAUGUUGAUUAAA